AGCCGAUCGACAUCGGUGGCGGACUCUGGUUGAGGCCUUAUGUGCAACCUGAUGCACGAAGGGGAAUAGAUAUAUAGGUGAGAGCUACGUGACGUGACACUGAGUAGAGGAGAUCUUCAUGAUGUCACUCGCUGAAGUGAGAUCGAGUAGCUUCACAGAGUGGCGGAGGAGAGUUUUAGGGUGAGACUUGGUGUCUAUAUUUCAGGUCAUCCUAGCAGACAACCCGUGGAACUGCAACUGUCGGCUGAAGUGGGUGAAGGCGCAUGCUAAGAGCCUGUUUCCGCCACACUCGCCAGCGGUACUGUGCCACGAGCCACCCAGCGUGCGGUACAGUGACGUCAGCACGCUGCCCGACACCCGCAUGGUCUGCACACCCCCCAGCCUCCUCAACUGCUCCAAGGUGCCAGAGACUCUAGAGGGUCAGGAGGUCAAGGUCACCUGUACAGUAGAAGGCGACCCUUUCCCCGACGUCUCUUGGCGUCUGGCCGACAACACCAUCAUAAGCGGCAGCGACAGUCCCGGACGUGAGCUGUUACAGGUCAUCAACAGCACUUUCAUCAUCUCUGUCGUCGCCAACACCGCCAGCAACGGCUCGCUGCUCAUCAACGUCAGUAACGUGCAAGGCAUGGAUCAGAAGAUACUGCAGCUCUUUGUCCGCCCAACCACAACUACCACAACAACCACUACCACAACCACCGCCUCUACCACCACCACCACCAUCACCACCACAGCCACAGCGCAGGACACCACCACCACAAACACAGCGAAGGACACCACCACCACAAACACAGCGAAGGACACCCCUACUGAAAAGGAAGGCAGCUUGAAUAUAGAAGCAAUAGUCGCUGGCGCUGCCGCUGGCGUUGGUGGCAUUCUCAUCGGCGUCAUCGUGACCGCUUGCAUCUGCAAGAAAUGCAGCAGCAACAAGGUGGAGCCUUCAUUCUAGAAACACCAACAAGGUGAAUCCCGGGAAGUCGGGCUUUGGAAGCGGCGAGAAAAACAGCAGUAAGCUUCUUCACCGUUAGCAGAACAACAACAACAACGACGACAUGGGUGACGCCGGUGUAGAGGAGAUCGCCUACGGUCGCGUGAAGCUCUCGAAGGUACCCCAAGAACGAGCCCCCACCCUAACGACCCACCCCACCUCAGCCUGAUCAUGUGAUUGGCACUCUGUGGUACUUGAGGAACAUUUCUCUCAACGCUCUCUUCCACCCUGUGUUUGUAACGCAUGUAGGUCGGACUCUGUAACCCUGAUUUUACAUAUAUAUAUAGCUACAAAUAUAUACAGAUAUAGCACAGAUAGUGUACAUGUUACUACAUCAACACUGUGACGUAUGUAGGUCGGACUCUGUAACCCUGAUUUUACAAAUACAUAUAUCUAUAGCUACAAAUAUAUAACAGAUAUAGCAAAGAUAGUGUUCAGGUUACUACAUCAACGCCCCCUCCUCCAGCUGUUUACAACUGUAACGUUUGUAGGUCAAAUUUCGUAACCAUUGUUUUUUAAACAUAACGAACCUACCAACAGACAUUUACGCUUCGUUUUGCCAGUUUGUGAGUUUCUUGUAGCAAAGUUCGACUUUCUAAAUGAGAGGCGACAUUGAGAGACUGCGGUCUCUUUAUUUCCUCUAAUGUAACGCGGCAUUUCAGCAAAUAAUUGAUAAAACCUUACACUACAUCUCUUCACACAACCACAGUACACACUGGAACAGGUCACAACCACAGUACACACUGAAACAGGUCACAACCACAGUACAGACUGACACAGGUCACAACCACAGUACACACUGACACAGGUCACAACCACAGUACACACUGACACAGGUCACAACCACAGUACACACUGACACAGGUCACAACCACAGUACAGACACUGACACAGGUCACAACCACAGUACACACUGACACAGGUCACAACCACAGUACAGCACUGAAACAGGUCACAACCACAGUACACACUGACACAGGUCACAACCACAGUACACACUGAAACAGGUCACAACCACAGUACAGACUGAUACAGGUCACAACCACAGUACACACUGACACAGGUCACAACCACAGUACACACUGAAACAGGUCACAACCACAGUACAGACUGACACAGGUCACAACCACA